GGGCUCUAGGGCCACGCCCCGGCUGCGGGCUCAGCGCACGGGGCGACCAUGUCCGGAGGUAGCAGCUGCAGCCAGACCCCGAGCCGGGCCAUUCCCACUACUCGGAGGGUGGUCCUCGCCGACGGCGUGCAGCUGCCCCCUGGGGACUACAGCACCACCCCCGGCGGCACGCUCUUCAGCACCACCCCUGGAGGUACCAGGAUCAUCUAUGACCGGAAGUUCCUGAUGGAGUGUCGGAACUCACCUGUGACCAAGACGCCCCCGCGGGACCUGCCUACCAUUCCCGGGGUCACUAGCCCUACAGGCGAUGAGCCCCCCACGGAAGCCAGCCAGAAUCACCUGCGCAGCAGCCCCGAAGACAAGCCGGCAGGCGGUGAAGAGUCACAGUUUGAGAUGGACAUUUAAAGGGCCAGCCAUCGGAGUGAGCCAUGCCUCCAGGCCCCAGCGGCCCCUCUUGGGAGAAGUCACACCAGCCAGGCCUUAUGCAAGCGACCAUCUUGGGCAGGCGGUGGGCAUGGGGCAAGCCGCCCCAGCCCCCUGCUCCCUCACUCAGGGCCCCAGCUCCCCCUUCUUCUUCGUGGACACCAGCACAUACCUCCGUGUGCCUCCAACUCUGCAGGAACUAGUACCCGGAGGGCAGUGACCUCGGGCGCAUCCCACAGCCCAGGGCCGGCAAGUGGACACGGAGGAGGCCUUCUGAAUGGUCCUCCGGCUCUCCCGGCCCCUCCUCUGGGGGAGCACCCACGCGCCCCCCGUCACUUAGAUUGGUGUGUGGGGAAAGCUCCCCACCCCCUCCCUUCCCGAGAAAGGAAAUAAAAGCCACCUUCGCCCUAGGGCCAAGA